GAGGGUAUUCUGUGUAUAUACGUCACUGAUUGGAUGGCGUUGUCUUCUGACAGUUACAUCAAAAAGGAUGCCUUGUCAUCUCUUGAAGACUUGUGUGUCAGAUGCGUGUGCAAGAAUUUAAAUGUUUUAACGUAUUUAAGUAGUGAAAACUGUGAAGUUAAACGAAAAUGGAGAUUCCCUUAUCCAGGUUUUCGUCUGGUUGCCCGUCCUUCGCAAAAGAUCUUGCUACAACUUUGCAAACGAAACGCCCUAGAUGACGACCGGAUGAGUCUUUUUAAUGCUGACAGUGUCGACCUCAUGUCUCCAGUUAUAAAGGAAGCUAAUGUCAGCCCAUCAUCCUUAAAAGUACUCAAGGAAUUUCGUCUGUAUAGCCUUUCUGCCAUGAAUCUAACCAAAGUGAAUCUAAAUACCAUCAUAAGUUGUCUUGGCGAGUGGACUGUUCAGAACCUAAUGUGCCUCAAUAUAUCCGGGACUUCUAUUCUAUGUGAAACUCAUUUACCUAUACUAGUUGCGCUCGGAAGGUUCAAGAAUCUUAGCGUUCUUAAUGCAAGUAGGACUGAACUAAAUACCCAGUCUUUACAAAUUAUUGUUGAUGACCUUUUAAAUCUUCGUUAUCUAAACAUUUCCCGAACACGAGUAACAGAUAUUACUCCCCUACUAAAUAUACGCGAUCGUCUUAAUGGUUUGAUCAUGCAUCGCUUGCAAUUGGAAACGACGGAAGAUAUGGCAAAGUUGCUGUACACUGUAGUGGAACUCAACCAACUGCGCAUACUUGAUAUAUCUGACAAACCGCGAAAUGCUGUUGGCAGAUACGAUGCUGUCGAUAAAUUUUGCUCGCCAGAGGCCUUGCCAUUCUUAGAGCAUAUUGAUUUGUCAGGAAACCAAUUUGGGCUGAAACUUAGUGAUGCAAGAGCCUUUCUUGAGAGCCAUCCUAGACUUACGUACGCUGGGUUUGCAUCCUGGCUUUCAAGUCAUGAAGAUGAGUUGGAAGGAAUAUACAGACUUUCUCAACAGUAUCCCCACAUAACGAUGUUGGGAGAUAGAGGGGACCAACUUUUGUUAAAUACUUUGACGCGUAAUAAGGAUAGAGCUUUCUAUCUUCAACAUGCUCUCCAUAGUAUUUUUGACGCAACUAGCAAUCGUGAAUCCGUCAAACCAGACCUUCUGCAAGCUGUUUUGCGCGUAAUGAGGCUACAUUUACGCAGAAUGGAAAUGAUAUUGGCAGGAACUGCUGUCAUUUACAACUUAACUCGGAGUGAACAAAGCAAUCAGUUACCUAUAGAUCUACUAAAUCGUGCAGUACGUAUGACUUUAACGGCAAUGGAAAAGUUCCCAGACAAUAGACAGUUGCAAAAGAAUUGCUUUUUAACAUUAUGCAGUGACACUGUACUUUAUCGUGCUACCUUCAAUUGUAUACAAUGUUGUGAACUGGUUUUUAACAACUUGCUGUCGUUUGAUGAUAUUCAUAUGAAGCGUAUGGGUGUAGCAAUUAUUUCUAUACUAGCUGCAGAAAUUUCAACAUCUGGUCUAUCAGACUUGGCAAAAGACCCUAGAAGAAUUGAAUGUUUUCUGAGUUAUGUUGCCGACAAAUGCCUCUUAGUGUCAGAUGUCCCAGAUCUUGGUUCAGCCUUACGAAGUUAUAUGCCACAGUUACGCCUACGCACUGUAGGAGCACCAAUCUUUGAUACUACAUUAAGAUUCACUUUAUCCGCUUUAUGGAAUCUCACUGAUGAAUGUCCAGAAGCUUGCUUAAGAUUUGUUCGUCAGGGUGGUCUAAUCAUAUAUGAAAAGGUCCUUAAACGAUUUGCUGACCAAAGUGAAGAGACUAAAAAUCAUGUCUAUACCAAGUGUCUGGGUCUACUUAAUAAUGUAGCAGAAGUCGAGCAAACACGUGAAUCGUUAUUGAAAGAAAGUCUAAUGAACUUCUUUUUCAAAAUGCUUAGACAUCCUUGUAUCCAGAUAAGUUAUUUUGCUGCUGGUAUUAUUGCGCAUCUGUCAUGUUUAAAAGAUGAGAUAUGGUUGCGUAAUAUUCAGUCAAGUCGUGAAAGUUAUGUGAAAUUAUUGGGUCAAGCUGUUUGUAAUUGGCAACCGCCACAUUCUGAGAUGGUCGCUUAUCGCUCUUUUGAACCGUUUGGUCUGUUAGUUUUGCAUCCAGAAAGUCGUUUAGAGAUACAUUUGUGGGCUGUUUGGGCUAUACAUCAUAUAUUAACCAGAAAAGAAACGCGUUAUGUACCGGUUUUAUGUGAAUGUCAACCACUGCUAUCAUUUCUAAGAUUAGUUGUUUCUUUUGAUGAAGGAGUUUUAUGCGCUCAUAAUUUACAACGACAAUUAUCUGAUCAAGAGCCGCGUAGUAUAAAUACUGAUUUCCAUGACAAUGAUAAUGUCCAGAAUAAUAACAAUUAUUGUGUGAAAAACAGUGAUCCGAUGAAGUAUUUAACUACUUCAUCUAAUGUUAUUCGUCCUCAACCUCCAAGUGUAUAUUCUCCUUCAACAGAUUCUGAUAUUUUCUCAGAAGUACCUGCUUUAUGUGAAGCAGCUGCCGGUGAUUGUUUCAUGUCAGAAAGUCAACAGACGCAAUCUUCAAGACAGUCGUCAACAGUUACACAUGUUGAACCUGUAGGACAAAGUGCAGAAGGUGUUGCAGCGUUUGUAGGACCUGAUGAAUCUCAACUUGCUUGUGCUAGACUUAUCCGUAAAAUGGCUUCAGAAAUACUUGCGUCUGUUGAUCGAACUUUACCAACAUUACAGUCUACUUGUAUUCAUAAUUAUAACAAUAACAGACAUUGUGACCUGCCUGCAUCUCAUUGUUAGAAAAAAACGUAAUAUCAUUUAGCGUUAGUAAUCGGUUAACAUCAUUUUAAUUUCCCACACUGAAUUCGGUUUGACCAUUAUUAUUGUGUCCAUUAUUAUUUUGACACAUCCACUAAAUUAUGUAACUAAUCCAUUGAUCUAUCAUUGUAUUUUCCACAUGUUUAAUUUUCAACAUAUUAAUAUUCAUCAUCACUGUUGAAGUUCAGUGCACAUUGUUUACAAUAUGAACCAGUAUAUAUAUAUAAUCCAUUAGUAUUCAUAUCAUAAGGGAAAAAAAUAAUCUAUUUCACACCUUGAUUGUCUUUCAUGUAAUUAAAUUCACCCUGUUUAUGUCACGGAAAAAUAGGACAUUAUCGUCUAUUCAAUUAUAACAACACGUGAUUAGAACUGUUAUUACAUAUUUACACAUAUAAAUAAUAAUUACUGUUAAUUAGACUAGUAUUGAUACCAAUUUUGUUAAUAAUAAUAGUACUUGUACACAGGUCUGUAGAUUUAUCUAAAACGAAUUUUCUUAUUGUCAUGAGAAACUAUUGUAUUGUUCAUAUUCGAUACAUAUUGUGUUGAAUUACAUGUGUAAAUUUUGUUUGUUAUUGUUAGAUAAUAAUAAUUAUGCCUAUUGUUAUUAUACUUGUUCACUUUAUCAUUGUUGUUUCUUUUUCUCUCUAUGUAAUAUUUCCUCAUUUUUUCGCACAAAAUUUAAUGUUUAUUUUUCUUUAAAUGAACUGUAUUCUUAAGGCUUAAUCUCAUUUUUUGUAAUGAUUUAAAUUGCAUUUAAAGAGAGUCUGUUUUAAAUUGCUGUUUAUUUUAUAGCUAUAUAGAUUGGUUGAAUAAAAUGUAUGAUUCACCUUGGUAGAUUAAUUGACCUAUACACAUAUACGAUGAUGUAUGCUAAUUUAAAUGCGUAUGUACAUUGUUGAAUGUACUCUAGAUAUUCUCUUGCAUCGAUAUUGAUUCUUUUUUCUUGUCCUUUGUGUAUGCAUGCUUAUAUAUUUUCAUGUAACUGUGGUUUUUCAAUGUCGAUAUAAUUUCAUUAUUAAUUUAUUAUAAUUGUUUUUGUGUUUAAUUACUUCUUAAUCAGUUUCUGAUCGUAUUUUAAUCGAAAAAAACAAGGAAAUUCCCUUGUUAUAAAUAUUGUGUAUUCAAUGAUUGCAAAUGCAAACUAGCAUACUUAGUCUGUGUGCGUUUGUUCAUAAUUGAACGUAAUUUAACUAAACAAUCAAAAAAAUAUCUUUAUAUGAAACUGUUUUGUUGAUAAUCUGGUAUCUUACCAUCCAUCUUAUUCAUUUGUUAAUACUCUUAACUCUUUCUUGACUUGUUAUUCUUUUUCUGGUUGGUGUAAAUGUUUUUAAUGAAAUAAUCAUGGUCGUAUUUUUUUGACACAGAACUAGUAUAAUCAUGCACACAAUCGAUGCAUAUAUAUAUAUUUAAUGAUUGGUCGGUGACAUAUAUUAUUUUUUGACUGCUUAAGCUUCUCUUGUUUCUAGUGAAUAUCGAAUAUUGUUUACCAAAUGAAGCAAGCCAUUCCAUUUUCAUAGAAAGCAGGGAACAUGAUAACUUGUGGUAUGUUCUUGCAGUGAAUACAGAUCUACUAUGCAUUUGCUAGAUUCAUCAAACUUGUUAUUUGUGAAUGUGAAAAAGCAAUCAUUUAUGAGUAUGAUAUCUUUACUAUUGAGACAAGGAAUAUAAUUGUGAAGAGGAUAAUAUUUUGAUGGGAGUUGUUCAUGUUCGAAAAGUGGUUUCGUUCUCCAUUUCAGCCGAUAUUAUUCUUAUGUUUCCAGUGAUUAUUGAUCAUCUACCUUUCAAUUAACAGGCUAAUACAAUUAAGCUUGAAUUGUAGUGAUGUAGCGAGUUCGAAAUGUAAUGAAUAAUUGUAAAAUCUUGAUUCUGUUAUCAUAACUAAGAGAUAUAAUGUGAUAUUUCUCGAACUGCGUUUAAGUCCUUCUAACUUUAUUUUGUGCGUACAUAUCUUUGAGCUGUUCCUUUUCUUUUUAAUGAGCCAUUUGACCCUUAAAGCAUUAGUUGGUGUUCUUGACAAAAAUCUUCGUGACAUAGAAACAAAUUUGCUGAAAAGAAUUGAUAAUUGUUAGAUGUGACAUGCAUCGCUAUUUGUUUUAUAUGAGGUUGUCAGUCACAGAAAUGUAUAUUUCGCGUUCCUCGUAUUAUGAAUUCAAUAUGAUUUCGCAUUCUUUGUGGUUGGAUUAAGACGAUUCAUUUUCUUAACUAGAUUCCCAUAUAUCUACCAUGCUAAUUUUUUCAUGUUUUUGUAUAUGAUUUGCAUGUUGUGAAUAAAUUUAAUAUGUCCAUAUAUAUCAAAGUGUUUUUCUUUUCUCAUCAUUUGUUGAUGUCAAACAUGUCUGAAAUUAAGUGAUAUUUGAUUUCUAAUUAUUAUUUUAUAUUCAUGAGGUCACUCAUAUUGGAACUUUAAAAUCUACAUAAUAAAGGGUUUUAUGGUAACUUUCCAAUUGUUCAACCAGUGCUUUCUUAUGAUAGAUAACCUAUUUUACCCAGAAGUUUUCCUGUCUUAGAAAACGGACGUAGUAUUGUAGUUCUAACUCGUUUAUUAGAUAUUUUCAGUUACUCUAGUACUUAUUUCUGUUUAUCAGAAGGGGUUUAGUGGAGAUUUUAGUAAUUUCAGUAGUUGAAAUCAUGAGUCAAUUGAAGCUAGACCAUCUGGAAGCACUGGACUGCUGUUUCGUCCUAGUAUGUGACUUCUCAGCAGUGCGCAUCCGCGAUCCCGCCCCCGAGAGAUUUCUGUUUAACGUAAUUGUCGUGUUAUCUAUUAGUUGAAUAAUGCUAGUAUAAAUAUAAACUACGUUGUGCGUCAAUAUUCGAAAUUUACAUACUAAGCAACACAAGGACUUUAGUAAUGACGUUCUGGUUAUAGUUGUGUCAAUUUGUAAAGGGAGGUAUAGUGGAAAUCGAUAUGACGAACAAAUUGUAUCUGAGAUAUUUAAAGUAGCUGCAUAUUAGAGAGGACAAAUAAGUGCAUGGUACAUCACUACGUAAUAUCAUUUUUUUAAUUAGGCUGAGAUUUUGCGUUCUUUUUAACUUGAUGAGAUGAGUUAAACCGUCUUGCCAGAUUUACAAGUAAUUGCUAUUUGGUAUUAUUCUUUUCCGCUCUUAUUGACGUUUUCCCUAAUUUCGAAAAUGUUAGUCAGGUGGAACUUUCAUAG